AUGUCGAGAUGUAGAGACCAUGACGCCACAGUGCAGCCACACAAGGCUGCCCGACCUUCUCUUCAGCCACAGUUGGACGCACAACCACCGAGGGCCUUGUGCCCGACCGGCGACCACUUCCUUUGCCCUCCCCCAACUCGAGGUCGCUGGCACGACUACCUACCUGGUGCUGUUCCGGUGGGCUUCAUUCGGCAGCCAGGCAGGGAUUACAGUCACGUCUCCAACAUGUCGGCCAUACGUCGAGCCGUGUCCUCCAUCUACCGCGACCACCCAUCGCUCCACAAGAUUAUCGGCCUAACAACGCGGUCUCCCAUCCACGACGGUCCGCAGGCCAAGGCGCCGCGCAGCGAGGCAGACGCGCGCGCGUCCGGGCGGCACGUAUACCACGAUCAGGGCGCUAUGGUCUUCCUCAAGAGGCUCGAGCAUGGCCAAGUCCAGCGGAUGGGCGACAUACUGGUAGAGGUCGUGCGUCUGGGUGGUCCGGCUGCCAUAGCGGAUGGGGGGAGAGCGAAGGGGUAUCGGGGUACGCAGACAGACGAGGAUGCCAUGGAGACGGCGUUGAAGCCCCUGUGGACAUUGGAGGCGGAAGUCUUGGGCGGCCAGAUACACGACGUGGGAGCGGCAUGUCAUCAGGAUAAGGAAAAAGUCUAA